AUGCUGAGAGAGUCGAGAUCAGCCCGUAAAGCUUGGGAGACGCUACGGACAUUCUUCGUCCAGAAGAAUCUACAUAACCGCGUACAGCUGCGCAACCAGCUACAUGAUUUCGAGAUGGCCCCCGAUGAGAAUUUGAUGGACCAUUUGAUGCGUUUCGAGGACCUCUUCUUGAGGCUGACUGGUGUGGGCCAGACAGUGACAGACGACGAGAAACUAGUUAUUCUGUUGGGGAGUUUGCCUGCAGAAUAUGACGGGAUGAUUAGAAUCAUCGAGGCCCACGGGUCUGUGACGUUGCUGGAUGCGAAGGAGAUGCUACGACGCGAGUAUGAAACUGUGAAGAAACGAGAGAAACAAGAAAAAGCGUUUGAAGCGGUUGCGCAGGACGCGCAAGGAUCGCAGUCGUAA